AUGGGUAAUUCGAUUUCCAAGGUGAUGGGGAAGAUCUUUGGGUACCGUGAAAUGAAAAUCCUGAUGUUGGGGUUGGAUAAUGCUGGUAAAACCACAAUUCUUUACAAAUUGAAACUGAAUAAGAUAAAGACUUCGGCGCCUACUGUUGGAUUUAACGUGGAGACGGUGUCAUUCAGAAAUGUCAAGUUCAACAUGUGGGACGUAGGAGGGCAAGAUAGACUGCGCCCGUUGUGGAGACACUAUUUUCCUGCCACCACAGCACUUAUUUUUGUGAUUGAUUCUCAAGACACCGAACGAUUAAACGAGGCCAAGGAAGAACUAUACAGCAUAAUCGGCGAGAAAGAAAUGGAAAAUGUCGUACUGUUAGUACUUGCCAACAAGCAGGACUUGAAGGGGGCUCUUAACCCGCAAGAAAUUUCGGACUACUUGCAAUUGAACGACCAUUUGAACAAUCAAUUGUGGUGCGUCAUUGGCAGUAACGCGCUCACAGGUCAAGGUUUAGUGGAAGGAUUGUCUUGGAUCACCAAUAAUACCAAGGAGAAAUAA